GCGGAUCAACUGUGGUCUGACACACAGCCCCACACGGAAGUACCCACGCUGUCUGGCUCUUAUCGCUUAUUUCCGCCCGCUUGACACCUUCGCUUUGAAUCUAUCACAAGAACAGGGACAAUACUACGUGACCUGACUGCAUAUGAUUGCACGUUUGUUCCCUGGGAUACUGCGAUAUAUCCGUUACCGAGAAGCGAGUUUCCUCUUUUCCACCGGCGCUCCGAAGCACCGCAUUUAACGCGUUAGGCUACUGCGGGCUGGCCACUUUUCCGAAAAUCACGAGCUACCGAUUCUCACUUCCUCGUGGAUUACGGUAUUUGUAGACUUAAGACAGAGACGAUUGACUGGAAAGAUGGAAUGCUGCCCCAAUCUAAAGCAUCCCAACCGGAUCGGCGGGUUCAUUACGCCACGCUAGAGUCUGGGUAUAUAAACUCGCACGCAUGUCGCGACCCUGCCGUUUCAUUUCGGACAGAAGAAAACGACGAUAACAGGUGAAGCUACAUGUGAAUUCAUGUGGACCUGCUGUCACCCCAGACUGCGAGCGACGAGUGGCCCUCACGGAAGCCUGUUGCAUUAGUUUCUCCCGAAAUAAAGAUGAGGCACGCCAAGGUCUUUGUUGCUAUUGCCCUGAGCAGCAGCGCUUUCCUUGUGGUGCUCUAUUCUUCUCUGAGGUCGGAUGCGAACCACACCCGAAAGCUCUUCAUGCAGGAAGACAAUCCUAUUCAGGAAGUCAUCGUCAGCAUGCCACCACCUGUCCAGCAAAAUACAGAUCCGUUGCCGCUCAUGACCGCCGGCCCUCCGGUCGAAAUUUCCGAAGACUACCGGAAAGCCAUUAAGCAGAGCACUGCGUUCUGGAACAGGAAGCAACAUUCUCUCUUCCGGAAGCUGGACUCAAAAGACAACGUCACCAAGGCCGAUUUUGGGGACUGGUCCAAAUGCUCGGCCAUCAGCUUGGAGUCACUGAGCACCAACAUCCAGGAUUUCAAGUCCUAUCCACAAGAUUACCAAGACUUCUUGAGUGGAAUGGAGUGCCGUGACCCCCCAAUUCUAAUCGACCAGCCCCAGAAGUGCCAGUCAGAGGAGGACGGGGAGGUCUAUCUCCUCUUCGCCAUCAAAUCUGUCCCCGGUAGCUUUGAGCGACGGCAGACCGUGCGUCAGACGUGGGGGCAGGAGAAGGUGUAUGAGGGAGGGCUCAGAGUGCGCACAGUCUUCCUCCUGGGCAUGUGGUCUAUGGACGACCCAAACUUGAAUCAGCUGGUCUCGUUUGAGGCGCAGCAUUUUGGAGAUGUGCUGCAAUGGGACUUUAAGGAUACUUUCUACAACCUGACGCUGAAGGAGAAUGCCUUCUUCCGAUGGUCCCUGACGCGUUGUCCACGUGUUACUUUCGUUUUCAAAGGGGAUGAUGAUGUUUUCGUCAACACCCAAACCAUGCUUGACUACCUCCGUACCCUGGAUCCGAACAAAGCCUCCAAGCUUUACAUGGGUCACAUAAUUUCUAACAGUGACCCCAUCCGUGACUCUAACAGCAAAUACUAUGUCCCCAAAACCUUCUUUGAAGGCGGAUACUCCUCGUACGCUGGUGGGGGUGGCUUUUUGUUUUCUGGGAACCUGUUGACAGAGCUCUACAGGGUUUCCAAAUAUAUCCCCUUCUUCUCCAUCGAUGACGUGUACACUGGGAUGUGCUUCCAGGCACUGGGGAUUAAACCCGAAGCCCACGAUGGCUUCAGAACAUUUGAUAUACGCCAGGAAGACAGAGAGAACGCUUGCGUGCACAAGAAUCUAAUCCUGGUACACCGACGCAGCCCACAGCAGACCCUGCGGCUAUGGAGAUACGUGCACAGCCCCCUGCUCACCUGCUGAUGUGCCCCCUUGUGGUGGAGUGCGGGGAAGAGGGAAGAAGGGAAUCCAGGCAGGGCUGAGGUCUCUAAACAUGAAAGUCACUGGGCAUCAGAUGAAGCUUUUAGAGGCCCAGGGAAAGUCAAGUGGCAUUUGAGGAGUCCAUGGAGUGUGAGCUGCAGGUUUGUUUGAGAACAAAGGAGUGCAAUGAAUACAUGGUGACGAUGCAGCAGAGAACACGGCAAACACAAACCACAUGACAGACAGCCUCAGAUGGUUGGUUAUAUGGAUCCCUACAGCCUCCAGACACUGAAAAUGAGACAAUAGGCCUCUUCAACAUCUGAAAUGGUCAGAUGUCAUUACAGGUGGUAAAUGGACACUCAGACCCAGAGCUGAUCGACCAUGGAAUUAGGCUAAAUAUCAGAGGUUCAUAUAGAGAUGCACAAAGUUUAGAUAAUUGGGAAGAUGCUUCUUCCUGUUGUAGGGCCCUGCUUGUGCUACCAGUGUAGUGUGGUGGAGCAGCUGGGUAAUUUGCGAGGCAGGCUGUACUCAUUAAAACAGAUCCUCAUAUAAAUGUGAACACAAACAGAGCAGCAGCGAUCCGGAAGCAGUCUAAAUACAACGUAAUACCAUAAAAAAGCAAUCUCUAGCUUGUUCCAAUUCAUUCUGAUACAGUUUGCUGGUGUAGUAGAGGUGUGAUUAUAGAAGUUAAAAAAAAAUGUACUGUAACGUAAUAUGUGUUUUGGGGAAGCGACAGUUCAAUGGCAUCACAAACAAAACCAACAAACUAUGAAAGGGAAGCAGUAUUUAUUUUAAACAAAUGUGAGUGAGGACAGGUUUGGGAGUUUCGGUAAUCCACGUUAAGAUGUGGACAUGUAAACACAGGUUGACUGAUCUUGGAAAUAAACGCGCAGCUGUUAAAUGGAGAGUCGAUCACAAGCAUCAGACUUUGACCUCAAAUUGUGUUUGACUUGACACUAAUCUAAUCAUGUGAGGUUUUCAUAGGAAACCAAAUGUACAAAUACUCAUUGAAAAACAGACAACUGUGCACGACACUUAUGAAACUGAUUAAAUAAUGCAAAUGUU